CGUCUAAAAUUGUUAGCCUAUCACUUACAUGGCCGCCUGCCUUGCAAUAGAGCGAGACCAGGGCCCAAGAUCUCUGAGCAUGUUUAAAACUCUGGGGGUAACAUUGCAUUCUCAGACGACUUAGUUGUGUCCUAUUAGGCAAGACGCCAUGCACACCAUGCGUGAUUUUGGGCCGACGCAAAGGACCAGGGAUCGCGGUGACAAGCGGCGCAGAGCUUAUUUCUCCGACCCCAGAAAGGCCUCGAGUCAAACCAAUCUGGACAUCGUCCACCGGACUAAAUGGCACACUCUCAUUCAUGCAAGCCUUGUGGCUUUGACGGUUCCACUGCUGGCCGGCGAUGGCCCUGGCAUGUCGUAUUCAGAACAGCAUCCCUUAUUCGUUUCCAGACGAACUCUUAAUUCUAUAAUGAGAGAGACAAGCAGAAGAAGCUCUCGUUGCCAGGAUGUUGCGCAAGGAGCUCUGGAAAACGGGGGAAUGCUUAACCACUUGUCCGAAAAUCGGUGCGACCCGCCCUGGGAAGCUGAUUUCUCACGAGGUAAAAACCACUGCAUGCGCUUAUCAUCUGUCAAGCAAGUCUGGAUACCGAUUGGGCGAUAGAGAGAUUAUCAGUAAACAAGAAAGGGUAGAGACCACGGCCUAGGAUUAUUCCUACACUGCCCUUCUAAGUUCGAGGGUCGUACAGUGAGCUCAGGCGCGUUGAUCAUCCACAGCAGACUGGACUUUCCAGACGAUCUACCCCUCUUGUAGGGCGAGGAGCCAGCUUGCCGGUCCGACGUGCUUGUGAUAACGC